AAAAUUCAACACAAAAACCCAGCUGACUUAUCCAUGGGUACAGUCAGUCGCUAAAUUACGAACAAGAAAGGUUCUCUAGAUUUGUUCAUAAAUUGAAUUUGUAUGUAAGCCAGAAAAGGUACAUCCUUUUAGUUUAACUCCAGCUAAUUAGGUGUGUGUGUGUGUGAGAGAGAGAGAGAGAAAGAGAGACAGAGACAGAGAUUCAGCUUUGGAUAGCAUAGGGAAUAAUUAACACCGCUGUGGUGUUUGUUUUGCAGUCUGUGUUCAAAAGAUUUCACCUCACUUUCUGUUCCUAUAAUUGGGUUUUGAGAAAUUUGGUUACUUGUGGGAACAAGAGCUCCGGAGGGCUUUCCGCUCUCUGUGGAAUGACCAUUGACGUAUCCAUCACUCACAUCUAAAUCCUUAAUUUUGCCCCCAGACCUGCCUUUACAUAUACAUGAAGUCAGCUUAUACGUGAAUAUGUACAAUACCGGUUAAUUAGAUAUUUUGCCCCUUGAGACACAUAUCUAUAUAAUUUAUAUGUCUAUCUAUCCCAGUGCAUUGUUGGUUUGAUACACUUUCUUCUUUUAUCAUCUGCAAAUAUCAUGCAAUCCAAACUCAGCUGUGAUUAUGGGACUCCUUAUAAGUAAUGUUUGUUCGAAAAGAAACCCGCAAACUUGUUCAAAGCUCAAACUUGCUUUCCUGUUUCUGGCUGGUCAUUUAAUUCCUUUGAGUGGCAUUUUUAUCUAUUCAAGUCUCUUUAUCUGCUGGGGACAGUGUCAUGAGCAAGGCUCAUAUAUAGGCUGCUGGGCGAGGGCCCUAGCAACAGGGUUGGAGAGGAUGGGCCAGGGUGAACGAAAGAGCUUUGCGGUGACACCUUAAGCCCAUUAAUUUCUCAGUCACCGGGGAGACGAUGCUUCUCUCCACAUCACUAGAGGAUUUGGCAAAUUGGACAAGAAGGAGAGGCAGGAAAAGCACAAAUCCCACCUACCCACAGUACUGGGAAGCCUGCUGGCAGUUUGGUUUUGCUCGGUGACAAGACAUGAUACAUACCAAGGGAAGGGAGAAAAGACUUUGGUUGCAGGGAGAACUCUGACUUUGGAGGCAUUUAAGGAGCAAUUUCUCAUCCAUGUUUGCUGAACCCAACGUGAGUAGCACCAUUGCACAUUCAAACUCAACUGGAUUAUUUUUGACCUCUCUACAAAGAUAUUUGGAUCUACUUCCUAACAGAGGCCUUCAACCUGUCCUUUUGUGGCAUUGAAUAGGCAUCUUGGGGUUUUUUUGAGUGGAGAGAGUUGGUAUUCUAAGAAAGGGUCUGGAUGAUGGAUGUUACAUCUAAAUCUGUUAUGUGACAAGGUCCUUAAACUGUAGAGCUGUAGCCUCUAGUUGGAAUUAUCUCUGUUCUCCUUCCUUGGCUAUCAACCUCAUCCUGAAUUGCCUUCUCCAUCCCCAUCCUGAACCCCUUUGUCUAUCAUUCCCAUCCUGAAGUGCUCUGUCUACCCUGUCCCUUUCCCAACUUCCAACAUCAUGAUUGUUGUGGAAAUGGCCUUGCACUGGGUAUUUCUCUGCCUCAUCUUUUCCCCUCCGGUACCGGCCUCUGACUAUGCCUUGCCGAAAUUUAUCUGCAGCCCUAUGCCAUUGGACAUGGAUAACGGCUGCCAGUCAGCCAGCCAACAGCAGCGACAUGGGGCAGGAGCUAACAGUGGGGGCACGGGGCACUGGGUAGGGACUCUUGAGGAAGCCAAAGAAACCAUCCUGCACCUGCGGGAGAUGGUAGUGCACCAGAAGGAGGUGAUCCUAGACCAAAGAGAAACUGUGAGGGAACUGACAGCCAAGUUGAGCCGCUGCGAAACCCAUUCUCGAAGACAUGGUCCAGAACACCACAGUGGUCAUCAUGAAGAGAAUCUCAGCCACGGGCGCGGGCAUGGGCAAAGCCAUGUUGAAGGAGGCCAUCGAGGCCAUCAUGAGAGUGGGCAUCGGACCCACCAUGAAAGUGGUCACCGAGCACAUCAUGAGAGUGAACUUCCAGGCCACCAUGAAGAUGCCCAUAGGGGGCACCAUGAAGCUGGCCACCGAGAUCCCCAUGAAGGUAUCCAUGCCAGAGAAAACGAGUACCAUCAUUUUGGACAACAUGAACAGCAUGAACUCCAGGUCGGACAUAACGCCCACGACACCUUUCGCAAGGGAGCUGCAGCUGCCAACACCAUGGAAGACCCACCCAAGGAGACCCCCGCCGGAGUGAACCAAAUGGAGCGGAUGCUGGAAUCACUCAAGGAGAGACUGGAGCAUCUACAGCACAACCGGAACAGCUCUGUCUUCUCCACUUCCUUGCGUGAUGCAAUUCAGAAAAAAAUUAGCAUCUUGGAGCAUCAGAUUCACGAGAAGUUAAACACAACUAACCACCAUGUGCAUGGUGUGCCAAUAGCAGCAGGAUUGAGGCACAAGCAUGUUUCGCAUGGACACAGUGUUGAGAAAGGGUACAAGGUGGAGAAGCAUUCUGAUGAUUUCCGUGUGGGAUUUCCCCUCCGCACCAACUAUAUGUAUGUCAAGGUCAAGCCUACUCUCCAUCGUGAAAUCUUUGCCUUCUCCAUCUGCCUCUGGGUCAAGUCCAGCUCAGCACCAGGAAUGGGCACCCCUUUCUCAUACUCAGUGCCAGGCCAAGCCAACGAAGUUGUGCUCAUUGAGUGGGGAAACAACCCUAUGGAACUACUAAUCAAUGACAAGGCUGCCACAUUGCCAUUGACUAUUAAUGACGCUAAGUGGCACCAUAUCUGCGUGACAUGGUCAACCCGGGAUGGCAUUUGGGAAUCUUACCAGGAUGGAGUCCGAAGAGGGAGUGGGGAGAACCUGGCACCCUGGCAUCCUAUAAAACCUGGGGGUGUUUUUGUACUGGGCCAGGAGCAGGACACUCUUGGGGGUCGCUUUGAUGCCACUCAAGCCUUUAUUGGGGAAAUCUCAGAUUUCAAUGUGUGGGGCCAUAUCUUGACACCAAGCGAAGUUUACAAGAUGGCAACCUGUACCAGCUUCACUGGCGGGGACCUCAUCAACUGGGCUGAAGCCUCCAUGGAGCUUCAUGGAGGAGUGGUCAAGCUACCAUUUAAUGCCUGCCACUAAGAGGCCAUGGAGAAACAACCUGACUUUGGGGAUUUCUUGGAGGAGAGUGAGAGCUAAUAGUGAAAGACAGGGUAGGGUUGGGAACAAAACCUCCAGUAUUUCCUGAAGAGAAAAAUCAUAUGUAUUUUUAAAAAGUGGAUAAGGGGACAACAAUUCCUGGAAUCUUUGUGUGAAAAUAAAUGGGAGAUCUUCUACUUGGAGCAAGGGGACUUUUAGGUCCCCUAGAUGAAGAAUGGGAAGCAUAUAGCUUGUUUUAUGCAAGAAAGUCUUAGAGUCUUAGAACCAGCAUUCUGGAUAUUUAGCAAGGGUGCCUGAAAAAAGAAAAGAAAAGCAGGGGAAAAUAAGAUGAUAUUUACAGUAUCUGUCUUAUGGAGGAGUUUUUAUGGAGUAGAGCAUUUUUUGUUAUAUGAUGAUACCAUAUUUUGCAGUUGAUAGAAUUUCAUUAGUGUAUUGAAGUAAAUGUAAACAGUGUUCCAAUAGAUGUAGUUUUGCCACAGGAAACUGUGGAUCUGUCUUUAAAAAGACUGUAAAAGGUGGCUUAAAACGUGGGAAUCUCCAACCUUUGACAAAUCUAAACAUGCAACUGCCUCCCACCUAGACAAGCAGAAACCUUAGUUUGGAAUAGUAGCUUAAUUCUGUUGCCUUUGUGGAAUAUGCUUCCACAAAAGCACUUUUUGGUCUGCUUUUUAUUUAUAUAUAUGUAUAUAUAUAUAAAUUAUAUAUAUAUACACACACACAUAUAUAAAAUACGUGCCUCUACAUUUAAUGCUACUCUGUCUAGGUAGAUUCACAUGAUUAUUUUCGUACUAUUCCACUUGUUUCAGUUGGAUCUAGUGUUGAGUUGUGUUAGGUUUGUCUGAAUGAAACCUAGAAGGGCUCCUGAACUUUUAAUGGUUUUGCAGGAGAGCAAAUUUCAGCAAACGUUGCUUGCUAAAUGGUUACUUGACAACUCCUGCUGAAACUCCAUCUUUUUCACAACACUGUGAGGCUGAGAAACUGUGACUUGUACAAGGCUGAAUGGAGUUUCGAACCCUGGUAUCCCAAUGUCCUGGUCCAACACUACACCAUGCUGGCUCUCAUUCAAUUUCACAGCAAGAUGCAUGAACCUCAGAUCUCACUUCCCCACACUCUGUGGCAGGAUAUGGGAAGCAUUACAACACUAAAUGGAGCAAAGCAAGUUGAAAGGAAGUGGCCCUGAACUAAAUCAACAUCCUCAAUGCAAGUACAAUCAAACACUAUACAGGAUAGGAGGGAAAUGUUGGGGGAAAUUAUUUUGUGGUUCUAUUUUGAAUGGCUCCAAUAUAUAGUUUAAUAUCUUAGGAUUUAGGUAUAUUUAUUUACUUAUUUGCUAUUGUAAAUAGAAAAGGGCACAUGAAGAUUGUAUGCUAAAGAUCAUGGGAGUCAGCACAUUUGAUUUUGCAGAAGUCUAACAGAACAGGAACAAAUGUGGUGAAAGGAUCAAAACAGAUGAGAAAAAGGAAGCAGAACAUGAAAGCAGCUGCCAUGGAGGGAUGUAAGUUCACAUAGGUACAAUGACGGAACACGAACAACGGUGUUUGAGAUGUUUAGCCCCUUCGCCCUCCACAUAGGCAUAAUGCAGCCCUGUCUCUUCUUUGCCACAGCAGGUCACUACUAAGUCAGGCCUCUGCAGCAAUGGUCCAAAGACCCCAACUCUGCAGGGCUGAUUCAGUGCAUUUUGAAAUAUAUACAGGAACAUGUAUUAGCAUCUAAGGAGAGUGGGUGGGAAUAUAAACUGAGUAUGAAACAACUUAAGUGCACCAACGAUCAUGGUUCUCCACACCGUCUCUGUUUGGUUCUAAAGUUCAGAAUCUAAACUAAACGAUGUGAGAGGAAUGUUGCAGACCCAAGCUGAAAGAACGCUUGCUAAAAAGCACACCCAAUGUCUUCUCUUGUGUAUAUAUAUAUGUAUGUAUAAAUAUAUAUAUAAAUUUUCUUAGCAUAAGAUUUUCUCUCUGCUUGUAAAUAAUGGGGUUUUAUGGGAUUUGACAAUGUGUGUUUUCUCUUUAAAGGGGUGGGUAGUGUGAUACAAAGUUUUGAAUUUUCUUACUCCAUUCUGGAUUGCAAUAAACCUGCCAAAGAAGCAAA